UCUCCUUGUAUCUCACAUGCCUUCUGGAACAUUCUAAAGGAAUUAUGAGCCAGAUUCAGGAACUCCAGGUCCAGAUCAACAGCUCUGAAGAAACGCUGCAGGAGCAUCUGGCGGAGAAGGAAAAGCUGAGCGAGGAGAGGCUGGAGCUAGAGGAGAGGAUGAGGGCCAGGGUCAAGCGGCUGAGGGAAGAGAAGGAGGCUUUGGAGGACAGCGUUGCCCAAGAGAGAAACAAAGCCAAGGAGGAGCAGAAGAGGGUGUGCGAGCUGGAGGCGCUGCUGGCCCAGCAGAAGGAGGCUUUGGAAGACAGAGCUGUUCAGGAGAAAGGCAGAGCCAGGGAGGCCUUAGAGGAGGCCCAGAGGAAGGUCCGUGAGCUGGAGAGCCGCCUGGCCCGCCACAAGGAGGUCUGGGAGAGCAGUGUGGCCCAUGAGAGGAGGAAAGCCAAGGAGGCGCUCGAGGCAGAACGGAGGCGAGCGCAGGACCUGGAGAACCGCCUGACGCAGCAGAAGGAGAUCUCUGAGAACAGCAUCGCCUACGAGCGCCAGAAAGUGAAGGAGGAUCUAGAAAAGGAGCGGAGGCAGGUGCAAGACCUGGAGAACCGCCUGACCAAGCAGAGGGAGGAGAUCGAAUUAAAAGAGCAGAGAGAGGACAAUUUAAAUAAUAAAUUAAAUGACGCCCUGGCCCAGCUAGAAGAGAUGCAGCAAGCGAAGAUGGUCGAAAGUCGAAAAGCAGAGAACCUCGUCUUGAAAUUCAAUGAAACGUUAGUCGAGCUGGAAACAACCAAGACAAAAGUGGUCCUGAUGGAGGAGCGGAUCAUGCUGCAACAGCAGACCGUAAAGUCCCUCCAGGAGGAGCGGGAAUCCCAGAAACACGGAUUUGAAGUGGAAAUCACGGCGUAUAAGGAGCAAAUCAAGCAGCACUCCCAGACGAUCGUGAGCCUGGAAGAAAGGCUCCAGAGAGUGACCCAGCAUCAUAAGAAGAUAGAAGGAGAGAUCGCAGCACUGAAGGACAGUGACUCAGCUCAAAAGGAGGAGCUGCCACCAAAGCCUCCAGCCGCCCCGCCCUCAGAUGGCAAUGCCAAGGACGUGGCCUGCGACCACUUGAUAGACGACCUCCUGAGGGCGCAGAAGGAGAUUCUGUCUCAGCAGGAGAUCAUCAUGCGGUUAAGGCAGGACCUGAACGAAGCCCACGGCCGCAUGACCGACUUGAGAGGGGAGCUGAGCGAGAAGCAGAAGGCGGAGCUGGAGCGGCAGGUGGCCCUGGUCCAGCAGCAGAGCUGCGAGCUGAGCGCGCUUAAGGUGAAGAUGGCGCAGAUGAGCAGCCACGUGGAGAGGAAGGACAAGGAGCUGAAGGCCCUCAAGGAAGCGCUUAGGACUUCCCAGGAGAAACACAAGCACCAUCUGAGCUCGGAGAAGGAGCAGAGGCUGAGAACUCCCACCCAGAAGUGUGACAUCUCGGUGCAGAUCGACCCGGUCCCCCUGGAUGUUUCCUCGAGCAGCCAAGAGGAGCAAUCCUUCAGUGACCUCGGGGCCAAGUGCAGGGGCCACCGGCAUGAAGAAGUUAUCCAGCGUCAGAGAAAGGCCUUGUCGGAGCUCCGUGUGCGAAUCAAAGAGCUGGAGAAGGCCAACUCCUGCAAUCCCAAGGAUCACCUGAACGAAUCAGCCCUAGAGUUAAAGACUCUCGGAAUGGAAAAUAAUGUCCCCAAAAUGUUACUGGACACAAAACCCAAUUUGCCAACUCUCUCAAGAACAGAGAUCCACGCGAAUGGCCUUACCAACUCCGGGCCCAGCUGCACCAUGGAGAAGUCAGGGAAAGCGGACGUGGCCAAGGCCUUAGAGCUCAGCGAAAAGCUGUACAUGGACAUGAGCCGAAUGCUGGGAAGCCUGAUGAACAUCAAGGACAUGUCGGGCCACGUGUCCAUGAAGCACCUCUCCCCCAAAGAGCGGGAGCGGGUCAACCAGCUGAGACAAAGGGACCUGGAUCUGGUGUUUGAUAAGAUCACGCAGCUCAAGAGCAGGCUGCAGAGGAAAGAGGAGCUCCUGCAGGGCUACGAGCAGGACAUCGAGCAGCUCAGGCAGAGCAAAGUGUCCGUUCAGAUGUACCAGUCACAGGUGGCCAAACUGGAGGAUGACAUCUACAAGGAGGCCGAGGAGAAGGCGCUGCUGAAGGAGGCCCUGGAGCGCACAGAGCAGCAGCUGCAGCACGAAAAGAGGCUCAACAGGGCCAGGCAGCAGAAGGAACGUUUAAAGGAUCAUGAAGAGAAAAAUGCAAAAGAACGGACGCCUUGCAACUGUUCCUUCAAAGAGAGCGUGAGGCAGAUGAGGAGGUUGAAGCCUAAGGAGGCUCGCUGACUCGCUCAAGAUCACACAGCCAGUACACUCAGAAGCCGGGCGUUGAGCAUGAAUUUCUAGUUCUGUUUCCUGCUGUCCACUCUGCUACACCAAGAUGGUUCCAUCCCUCCAGUCCCAGGCCAAAAGGACAGGCCCAGUGUCCAGUCAUCAAAGUGCACAUACUGCCCAGGAGGACAUGCUCCUUCCCAAGGAAUUUAGAAAGGCCUCUGUGCCCCAUUUCUCCCAUACUCUACCUUCUCUCCGGCCACCUGUCCUUACACCACAGGACAGAGCCAAAA